CUUAACUUUUUUAAAACAUGUUCAAUGUGCCCCUUCCAUGACUUGACAGUUGUUGAAUGUAACCUCUAAUAUUUACAGUAAAUUUCUACAAUAUGACAACUUGGUAUCAGAAUUAAUUAAAUUUGGUGUUCAAAUCAUGUAAUAUUCAAAUUUUGAACAAAAAAAUUCUAAUAAUUUGUUCAUUCCAUAACUAUAAUUACAUUCAUUACAUUUCACUUAGUUAUUUCACUAAGGAAGUUAUCUAUGUGGUAGAUAUUCUCAGAUUCCAGUCUUAUGAAAAUAUAAAGACACAUAGUAUAAGUAGACAUGCUAAAACAUAUGCUGAAUAGCUCUUUGAGAGAUAUGCUGACUAUUGAUUUUUGUUAUAUGAUCAGCAGUAGGUUACCUUGCUGAGCCUGGUACAAAGCCUAGCAUCAGGUGGGGGCAUUGGCCAUUACUGUAAUUGGUUUGUUUGGAGAAUGGACUUGGAGCCAGUUGUAGAUCAGUGUGUAUACACACACAGGAAGAGAACUGUAAGUCAGAGUUCAACACCCCAUUUCUGGGCAUUAAUGCAACCUUCAUCAAUUAUUUUUAGCAUCACUUAAUUUCCAUCAAUGUAAACCAUUUCUGUAUAGUGCUGUUUCAUUUAACCACAGAUCAUAACAGCUGAUAGUGCAGUGGACCAUAUCCUAUGAUAAUAUGUGUUUUCAGACUUGCAUAAUGAUACAAAACAAGGUGCUAUGCUAAUUUGUGAUAUUAACGUUGGUGAAUAAAUUCUAGAAUUUAUUCAUUCAUUCAUUUAUUGUAAAAUUACCUGCAAAUCUUAUAUCUAAUUAAUGUUCAUUGCUAUCAUAAACAUAAUUGUUUUAAUCUUAAUUUAACUCAUUCUAUUUACAGAUGGUGAAUCAAUAGUGCGGUUCUGCUAUAUUAUAUAGGAACCAUACAAAAAGGGGGUUUUCCAUUUUAUAAAAUUGUGUGUUUUUGACUUAAUAACCUCUGAACCAAAUAUUCUAAUAAUGGCUGCCAUAAAUGCUAAAAGUUCAGCACUGAUAGGAACAGAAGCACUCUCUAUGCCAAAGCCACAUAGUAAGACUUUAUCAAAAGCUUGUGGAAGGUUUGAAAAAAGAAUUUGUCCUGAAAUAUCCUUAAAAAAUUUUCUAGAUUUUCUUCAUACAGCUUAUCAAAUCAAUGAAGCCAUUGAAGGUGUUCCAAAUUAUCUAACUGACAGACAUGAUAUUGAUUGGCAAAACAUUGCAAUGAAUGAGUUUGCUUCCUCUUUGCUUGUAAUGAAAGAAGACAAUUCUCAUCCUAAAACAAGCCUAGAGACUUUCAGUGAGACGAUUGAUAAGGAAGUUCUGAACAGUUCUCUAACGAAGCAGUCCAAGACUGUUCCCAACAUAUCAAGUGUUGACUGUAAUGAGCUUGAAGAAAAUGUAUAUGAGAGAACAAAGGAGAUACAGUCAGAUGCAAGUUCAGAAAUUUCAGAACAUGAUAUACGGAGUGAGGUGUCCAAAAACAGUAUAGGCAACAAAACUGGUAUACCCAUAGAAGACAUACAGAAUAGCAGCAAUUUGAAUGAUACUACAAGAUAUCCAUUGCUAAAGGAGGAAAUGUUAUCCGAUCUGAAGAAACCUUCAAACCAAUUUACUACAAGCCAAACAAAGAGUAAGUUACUCAUGUCAGGUAAAUACACAGAGAGUAAAAGGAAAACGAUAUCAAGCAAGAAGUGUGCUCUGUCUGACUGUAAAUUUAAGACGACAAACGAAGAUAACAACAGUUUUGAACAUUUAAUGAAACGUAAAUUAAAUGAAGUAAUUCAGGAAGGUUUAUUUGAUUCAAUAUUGCCAUAUGUUGUACCAAAGCAAUCAUCUACUCAUCCUGCAAUGAAGAAACCAUCAAACCCAGACAAAAGUAAAGCCUUUUCAGUGACCUCCCUUGACAAAUCUGCAUCUGGCCCAUUCCCUAAGGAGAAAGUGGUUGUAAAUAACCGGAAGAAAUCAAUAUCAGGAGAGGCUGAAGUGGAGAUACAUGUAUGUGAUGAGGUGAAGAAUGUGAAGCGAGAUUUCCGAUGCCCUCAGAAACUUCUGGUUAACAAAAUGGGAUACUUUGCUGAAGUAACAACAGGUCAGAAGCUUGAAGAUAUGGAUAUAUCAGUGCAUUGCGACAUCACAAUAUUUGACUGGCUAAUGCGCUGGGUGAAGAAGGAUUCUUUAUCAGAGGACAGUUCACCUAAGCUUGAUGCUGGCAAUGUGGUACCAAUCUUGGUGUCAGCAGCAUUCUUACAAAUGGACCCGUUGCUGCAGGAUUGUCUUGUGUUCUGUCACCAACAUAUGAAUGAAAUAGCCAAGACAUCCACCAACCUGGCUUGCCUUAAUGAUAGUAUCCUGACUAGACUAGCAAAUCUCUUCUCCAACUCUGAUGUGGAAGGUCUUCAUGAUAAGAAGGAUAAGAUUCAGAGCCGUCUGUACUGCAAGUUGAUUUUGGCUUUGACAGAGACAAGUCCUGAACCUGCCCGUGGCCAUUUUGCAAGUCUUGCAAAUGUAUACAAAUGUGGAAAAUGUGACAAACUCAUUCUUCGUCAGUUGGGAGGGCGCAUUCUCUGCAAACCAAGCAAUAUGAAGAUGGAUCAUUUCGGAAAUAUACAUGGAAAUCAUGUUAGGGACCCAAGCUGGAAUCUGAAUGAUUAUAUUCGGUGCUUAAGGCAGGAGCUGAAGUGUUGGCGUCGCACAUAUUGGCGAUUAUGGGGAGAUUGUCACUUUCUAUAUUGCAGUUUUUGCCAUAAUUACUUCCCAGUUUACCAGAUGCAGUGGUGCUACCACCAUCCAGAGCCACCACAGUUCUUCACCAUGGAACAUCAACGUGCUAUGGCAUUUCCUAUUGGUCGCUAUCCUUGUUGUGGGGAAAGGGCCUAUCGCUUUGAGGUUUUCAGCAGCCAGUCAGGUUGUCAAUUUAAAGAGCAUACUCUUGUUUUGAACUCUCCUAGAGAUAUUGAAGUCCACAAUUUGUUUAUGAAACAUCAGAACAUGAUAAUGUUAGAGCCUCCAAAACUUCAAUUUCCUGAGAGGCUCACACGACUUGUUAGUAACAGAGAGCCUGGAAGAGAUGACACUGACAGUCGAGAAGUGCUCUGGUGGGAUGGAGUUGAGUUGGCACAACCACCACCCAGGCAGGGUCUUCUUGCAAAAGUAUGGGAGACACAUCAGAAGAAAGAACGGCAACAGAUCUCUGGUGUUUCUUCAAGGAAUAACAGCAGUUCCAGCAGUGGCACAAAUAAUGUUACUAGCAGACCAGUUACAACAUGUGGACAUCCACCUGUAGGAAGGCAGAUGUCAGUUGCUGAGGUAACCAGCAGUCCUGGCAGUAAUCCAGAUGUAGAUAAUUCAUCCACCAAUGAUGACAGCAGUAGCAGCGGCAGCAGUAGCAGUAGUAGUGAUUCUGACAAUCACUCAGAAGAAUCUGGUCAUGUCCCAGUCCGCUCUGUGACAGCUAAGCCCCGACACACUGAAGUUCAUCAGUACUAUAGAUCUGCCAAGAAUAGAGGAGAAGAUAACUGCCGAUGGGUUUCAGAACUGUCAGUCCGCAGUAACCAGGACAACCAGAGAGAAUAUGAAGAGCAUGCUAUCCAAAAGAUGGCAGCAUUGCUUACACGAAGAACAUGUGCAGAUUCAUCUAAUCUCUACUCUCGAAUGCACAGCCAUUCACAUGGACAUCAUAUUCAAUAUGGUCACUCAAUUUGGAAUAAUCACAUCAUACCACAAGGUGGAAUCUAUGUUCGCUUGGAACAAGAAUGGAGGGAUGCCAACUGUCUUUCACAUGGAUGUCAUGGAAAUUCAAAUCGUCCACGAUCCGUGGGUUGGGGGCUUUCUUCCAGAAUCAAAGUGCGUGCACAGAGGUGAUGACUAGCACAAAACCAAUGGCAUGGUUCUAUUGUGAAAAUGACUGCUAUUAGAGGUGACACAUCUGUGGAUUUAAUGAAUUGUUCUAUACCUUGAAAAUCCACCCACACACUUCUCUGUUGAACCUUAAUUACCUGACCAUUUUUUUUUCUCUGUGCAGAUUUUUUAAAUAACUUUGUUCCUGAUUAGGUACACAGUAAGAUGAUGGAAAGAAAAAUGUUUGCACACCCUACAGUUUAGUGAAGUAUUUCAUUUUGUUUUCCUGUGAUAUUUGUAGUGGCUUGGAAAAGGAUAGUAUGAAGUUUAGUAGCAAUUUCUUACACCAGUGCUUGGUGUAUGCAGUUUUAUGCUCCAUCUGUGGAAGUUGUUGAUGUUUCAGCACCAGGUCAUACAGCCUUCCUAUGCAGAAUGUUGAACUAAAAUAACUGAAAUAUCUCAACCCCUUGCAUUUGAAUAUUGAUACUUUAUCUAACCUUUAUUCAAUGUAUGAAAUUGUUUUGUAUAAAACAUCUGCAAAUGACAUGAACAACUCCUUUAGUCAGAUGUCUUGAAAGGUUUAGAAUUCACACAUCACUAAAAGAUCAUUCUUAUGGAAAUGUUGUGGCACAUAAAAAUAUGGUAGUUUCGCCUUGUGUGGAGCAUAUAUAUUGUAAUACUAGACAGAAAUUAAUAAAAUGUCAUCAAGGAAAGUAAUUUGACCUUACUGAGAAUCUGAACUGAGAUCUGAAGUUGCAUUAAAUUAAAGCUGCCUAAAAGUUUUAGUUUACUGUCUUCAGUGAACAAACUCUCACAUAUGCAUGCAGAACAAAAUAUUUUGAGGCAUAAUUUCUUUUCCUGAGUAUAGUGUGUGAAAUGAAUGUUGUGGUGUAGAACAUUCAAGAGUGGACCUGUAAUCUCAGUGUGUCCUUGAUAUCAUGUUCCAUUUGUAUUAUCAUAGUCAAAAAAGAUGUACAUCUCCUGUUUUGUCAAGUCAGGAAGUCACAGGUGUCUGUUAUCAUUGUCAAAUGUGCCUACAUAUUGGUACUAUGUAUAUGUCUGUAUCCCUAAGAACUGGAUCACUUCUGCAAAGAAUAGGAGAUAGGUGGUAGUUGGUAAAGACUCUUUGUUCAGAUGGAGUGCCAUUGUAUCUUAAGCCUCUAGAUCUCCAGCGAUGGGAUGGACACCACUGGAAUUUCAAGAGUGUUGUGAUCCUGACCAAAUGUGGGCUCAGCUUCUGCUCACACUACUGUAAUUAUCUUCUGCUACAUUGCCUUCAUUAAACUCACUUUCGUUGUCAGAUGAGAUUACUUACCAGGCACUCUCUGAAGAAAACUCCCAUUCAAAUCUUUUAAUCCUAAAAACUGUCAAGAUAAUCACAUUGAGGAGCUACAUUCAAUUCAGAGGAGUAUUACAUACCAUUCUUGCUCAUUAGCAUAAUGACACUACCCAAGUCAGUGACUAUUUGAAACUUUUGAUGUUGGUUAUCGCUCAUUCCCCAACUACAAGUAAAUGAGAAAUUUCUGUUUAUUUUAGUUUCUUGCUCACCAACAAAACAAGACUAUGCAGGUCAGUAUCUUAUCCUGAAACCUGUAAUGAUUACAGGUUAGAAGUAUUGGUGUGUGUGUGGGGGGAGGGGGCAUGUUUGUGUGGAGGAUAUAACUAACUCACUGACAAAUGGCUGGCUUUGACACAGUAGUGUUGAAUAUUUGUAUCAUUUUUACUACCAGAGAGAUAAUUAGAUGAUAUGGCUUGCCAGUGCAACACUGCAAGCCUUGCCUACACUGAAGGAUACAUUCAAUUAAUUCUCCUUCUGUUGCAAUGUUAUCCUUCAACCCCAGGAUAUAUUAAAAUGUAAAGUGUCCAGGCCCAUUGCUUUACUGAGUCUGCUCACAUCCAGAAGAAAUAGGUCUGUUAUGCUGAACUUACCUUCCCCAUUUUCUCUCUUUUUUUUUUUUCGUUGCAUUAAGGAUAAAAGUGUCCUGGAAUAAAAGAAGGCUUGUGGAGCAUUGCAUUUCAUGAAGUCAUUGUCAGCAGGAACAUGGUCUGUUAUUAUAUUGUGUCAUUUACACUAUACUUUAUGAACAAUAAAAUAAAUAAAUACUUGAAUGUGUUCUGUAUAUUUUAAUCGGCAAGUAAAGACUGAUUUUCAUACUAACCACACAACGUGUUACACAUUACAGCCACACAAAACAAAACUCACAUGAUCAUUGACAUAAAUAAAGUAUUGUAUAAAAUCUAAUGUACACAAGAUACAAAACAUGUCACAUGCAAGAAUGAACUACUCAUACAUACUAUACUACGCGCAAUGAAUAUACUGUAUAAAUAAUAAUGAAUUGUGGUCAGUUGGCAGUGGAUACAGAUAUUAAUAUUGAUUGUUAGGAACCGUUUGGCAUUUGUCUCUAAUUUAACUAUAGUAUUUGUGUAAAGACAGGCAGUAAAAUGACAAAGCCUUUAAAACUACAGUUGAAUUUCACAUUCAAGAAAAUCUGGUACCCUUAACAGACUACUUCAAUUGUGGUGUUUCAGAAGUGACUACAUAAGUACAGUACUGAAUGUUAUUGAAGAUACAGUAUAGGGACAGUGGGAUGGCAAGAUGCAAACAAAUUCUCUUACAUAACUAAAUACUUACUAGAUGAUCUUACAAAGAUCACAUAAUCACAAAAUAAGCUCAUUAUUAUACAGAUAUUUCAUACAGUCUUCAACAUAAAUUCAUGGUUUAAAGUAUGACUUUUGGUCCAAGAGUUUUAUGGACACCAAAUAUUUUACUUUUUAUAUACUGCAAUGCUUUGUAUUGGUAAUAUGAAAGAAGCACAUCAUAGGACUGGAUUAACAGAAAAUGAAGCAACCCCAUGCACAUUGUUGGUAGGAGAAUUUCUCUAAAUAUUAUUAAAUAUCAUUCGCUUUUAAUUUUAAUGUGUAGACUAAAUACAAUAUUAAUCGUAUAUUGUGUGGGUAUUUAAAUGAUCUGCUGUUGCACAUUGUGUGGCAUUUUAUAUCUGCAGUAUGGUUUUCAACCCAUCGUUUUCCAAGAAAUCAGAGGACAGAAACACAAUGAAACUAUAUAUCGAUAGUAAAUAACUUUCAGAAACUAACUAAAAAAUACAGGAAGGCUACCUCCCUGCUCUAUGUGAAUGACAAAUGAGAAUGUCAGGAUUUGUUGAAAAAUAUUAGGGGCAAGACAUGCCAAGUAUGGCCCACCAUUACCUGUUGUUUGUUCACAUUUCAUCCUAACAUUUUAGACUUUAAUGGUGGGCAGUUUUAAAACAAUAUUGUUAUCGGUCUUCUACUUCCUUAGUCUUAUUUUUAAUGUUCCAUUUACUUACAGUUAAAUUAAUCCAGCAAUAUUUGUAGAAUGAUGUUCAUUACAUGUAAAAUUAUUAGUACUUGGCCUAUGACUAAUACAGACUAAUGUGCAAGCUUGUUCUGUAAUACUGCAGUGCUUUUAUUACACUGCUGUUCUUUAGUAACAGUGUUCACAGUGGUCUGAAGAUACACCUAAAUGGAAGUGAAUAGUUUCUCCUGUUGAGUAAUGUAAUACUGGAUCCUCUGGAAACUGCUGAAAUCACGAAAUUGAAUAUUGAAAUGUAUGGAAAUGCCCUUCAUAUGAUGUUGGCUUGCCUGAAAUUUUGUUUACAACCUCAUUUAAACUCCUACAUAUAAAAUUAUGUUGCACCUUAAUUCCUGCCAAUAUGCAUUUUAGUGGGCAUAUUUAGUUUAGCUGUAUUUUAGUUAUAUUGUAAUCUUUUUAAUUUUUACCCAUAUAUCCCAAUAUUACAAGGGUGAAUAAAUUAUCUUUUACUAAUUUUUAAUUUCUCGUACAUAAUGUACAGAAACUAUUGCAAUCACAAAAAUAAAUCAGACACAAAUCAAACAAAUAGAGAUUUUAACUGAAGUUUUGAGUUACUACAACUCUAGCCUAUUGAAUCUACAGAUGGGUAUGAGAAAGUGAGUGUUGUGAAUUUUGAUAUAUAAUGUGUAUUCAGUAACUGCAAACAGUUUUUAAACUAUGUUUCUUGUGAGGCUUUUUGGUAUUUUCAAAAAAGAUAUUUCUGGUCCCCAGGUAAGAAAUAAUUGCCCACCCUUUCACUAGUGCCAUAUGCCUAAUCAUCUUUUCUCAAUCUGUGAUUACAAUAAUGCUACUGUAUAGGCUAAAUACACUACAGUAUAUUAUACAAAUAUUUCAAAUCAGAACAAGAAGUGAUAUGUAAUAGAGUUCACACUUCUCAUAUAUAAGUCUUUCUACAGAUCAGUAAUGAAAGGUUCAUUAUCAGGUUUUGAAAGUAAACUCCUUCCACUGUGACUUUUUCUGACACACUUUGAACACUGUAUGGAAAGCACAAUCUAACACAGCAUAAAAUGAUUGUGUUCAUUCAAUAUAUAAUUAUAUACGUAGAAGUUUAUAUAUAUGUAUAUACAUGGGAUUAAGCUAUAAUAUGUUGACAAUUUAAUUGGCAGUGGUAUGGUAACAUUCUCAAAAUAAACUGAGACAUAUAAGUUGUGAUCUUAGGCCUAUGGGGGAAUGUACAAGUUGGUAAAGGCAGUGAAAUGUUCAUCAUUUUCUUCUUACUUGAUGUCAUUUAACUCCAUUUAUAUUACCCUGAUAAAUUGAGAAGCAAAAAAGCCAAAACUUAUUAAUCUCUUGAGCCAUGAAAAAGAUCAUGACAUAUGUGCUGUGCAGGAAUGUUUUUAUUGUAUUGCCUUAAUUUUAUUUUUUGUGUUCAAAACAACUUUAAUUACCCCCAGAAUCUUCAAAAUAAAUUAUUUUCCAUACAACUGACAUUCACUUUGUAAGAAGAAUACACAAAAAUAUAUUACAUAAGACUUGAUCCCUGCACAAUUUAUAAGGAAAAGUAUCAGCUUCAAUAGGUCCUAAUUUUCAUUAAGAAAACACUAUGAAAUAAGUAGUGAUUUACACAGAAUGGACCAUGAAGAAAUAUAUGAGUACAAAAUAUUUGAAAAUUUGUGAAUAAAUAUUCCCAAGAAUGUACUAAUAUGGUUCAUGGCUAAUAAAAGGGAGGAGGGGGUUUGUGUAAUUGCAUCAACUCACAAAUACCAAUCUACACAUACACCAAUGUUAUGCCAUUUCGAACACUGGCUUGAAACACUGUGAACUGUUGUUACAUUACUUCUUAGAGAGUUUGAAGAAAAACUGAACACAAUUUUCACAUACCUCUUCAUUUCACAUUAUUUUGGUGUCACAGCCUCUAGCGAUAUAUAAGUGUCCAAUAAUUUUACAUAUAAAACUAGAUACAGAAAUUUCUGGACACAAAUGUGACAUAUUAUUUAGUAUGUAAUUAUGUCUGAGACAUAUGUUGAGUAUAUAAAUGUGUAAGUAGUUGUCCAUUUUGGUUCCAUAUCUUGGUGCUAACAGAAUGUUCAGCCCUUUUUGUGCCAGACUGUUUGUUGCUUUGGCACAUUUUUAAAUUAAAUUAACAUUCAUUUUAGAUGUUGAAAGUCGAGAGUGAUAAUCUUGGUGCACUGAAAUACUCUUCCCUGCCUCAUUCCUAUAUGAGCACAUUCUACAUCUCUGACUCUCAUUCAGCAGAACAAUUUACAGUACUAGAUCAGAACAUUAUGGUAGAUAUGCAAUGUAAUAAGCAGUGUACAUGUUAUCUGAAAAGCAUUAUAGCAAGCAGUUUCCAGUUAUAUGUGUGGCAGCUGGAUCUUGAUUUAGAUUAUUAUAAACAGUAGAAGGAAGAAAUAAAACUUGACAUGAGAAGUGCUUGCCAGAAAUAAAAAAGGCUGCAGAAUUAUGUAUAAGCAUAUAAUCCAAUUAAUAAUUUGUCAAGUGCAAAGGAAAAGAAAUCAGUAUACAGAGCACAUGUUGUGUCCAACAUAAGGUGCAAUAACUUGUUUGAUCAUAUUUGCAUGGUAUAAGAUAAGCACUUUCUUUGCCUUGUUCUCUGCAGUGUGAACACGAAUCAAGUAUAGAAAAUAAAAUGUCUACGUAAUGGCCUCUGUACAAUUUAUGGUAUAAUGUAAAGGGACAUGCAUGUUACUGACAUGUCUUCCUUUACUGCUGAUUUACUAUGCUUAUAUUUUUAUUUACAUCCCAAUAGUCCAGUUUUAUUGUAUCACACAAUUUCAAUUGCAAAUACAAAUUGUACAGAUUUCAUAGCUAAUCUCCAUUCUUUGGUUUGCAACUCUGUGUUCUGCUCUACCACAUAUGGACAUGCACAGUACUUACCAAGGUUCACUUAUGAUCGCAAUUGUUUAUCUCUUAUCAUAGCAGCAACUUCUAAUUUCUUGGUUACAAGAUGCUAUCAUAAAAAUGAUUUCAUGUUUCAGCUUGUUUGCACCAUAGCAAUUUCUCUCAGUCAGUGGUCCAGCUAAAUAAAGUAGUGAAUAGAACACUGCCUUCUUUUUUCCCUUUCUUUUUGGUGUUUAAUGUUGAGACUGACCAAAUAGUGAGGAAAAAACACUUUGUAGGUCAAGCAAUGCACCCACAGAAACAGGGAGUUGAAGCUGUAUUACAAAUCCCAGGUCUCUGGAAGACAGAUAUGUCUCAAAUCUUAUUUCAAAAGCCCUCAUGCAUAAAUUUUAAUUGCGAAUGUAGAGUUGGUCUGAUGGCAGGGCUUCAAUAGUGUUAAGCUGUAUACUGUACAUAAAUAUAUUUUGAUUCACUACUAGAUUGAUAGACAAUUAUUUGUACUGUACAACGUGAAACAGAUAGGAUUCUCAUUCUAAGACAAUGCACUGCUUCACAGUACUAAAAGUAAUUGUUAUCAGCACAUAUGAAAUGUUACACUGCUCAUCAGAUGUAUUUUCAUGCAAUAUCUGAAAUUCUUCAUCCAGACAAAUAUUCUGAUCUGAGGCUGGAAUUAUUUUCUACAUGCACUGACAAUUUAACCUUGAUUAUCCCUCCUACUGAAGUAUAAGUAUAUAAAUUUUUGUUUGAUAAAUGGUAUGAGUGUAUGAUUCUUUAGCACAGCUGAACUCAAUGCUACCAUGAAACAUCCACAAAAGUCUGAAUAUUUGCAACAUUAGUACCUGAACACCAAAGAAAAAUCUUUAUAUAUAUAUAGUUAUGUUUCAAAACUGCAGUAAAACUGUGAUCUAUAUUUUUGUGGUUUUGAAUGGUUUUCUUGUGUUCACUGCAGGAAUGCAAAUGUUGAAGACAAAAUAAAUGGAAAAAUUGUAGGAAGCAAAUGAGAAAAUAGGUAGUUUUAAGGUUUCACAGUGUGGCUAGUAAAGCGGUACUAUUUUGUGGUAGUGAAAGAUGGGCUCUGAGUAUGGCAAGGUAAAUUCAGGUGGCACAAGUGAGAUAUUUAUCUCCAUUAGUAUGAUUAAAAUAAUAAAAUAUCAUACUCAAAAUGAGGAAAAUAACAUAAGCAUCUCGAAUUCUCAAGGAACCAGCAAACAUGUCAAAGAAAAUUUACUCUUUCUAUAAAGAUACUUAAAAAACAAAGUUGUAAUGCACUUAUAUUCAUUCCUCACGCAUUAGUUCUUCCAAGUAUCACUAGGAGUGCUGCUCUUGUCCCCUUUCAUGCAGUGAUCCGUUAUGAUUAAAAAGCCAGUUGAAUUUGUGAUUGUGCUACAGUGUAUCCAAAAUCUUUCACUCAUCAAUCCACUUUGUCAUGUAAAAAGUCUACCAUAUAAAGACUUGAUUCAAAAUGUGUUAGUUUGACCCUGAAACAGAAACUUUAAAUGUGUAGAAGACCGAAAAUGUGGAAUAUUGUGUCUAAAAUUGAGUUUCUGUGUUUUUCAUGUAACUGGCAGGCUCGUGUAAUAAAACAUCAAAUUCUUCAUACAUGAUGGAGAAUAGAGCUUGCUGUAUAUGAAAUUGGGAAGUACAACCAAAAAUGGAAAGAACAUGUUCAGAAAAUAUUGCCAUAUUUUGCAAUAUCCAGAGAAAUUAAGCAUCACAGGCCUUGUGCAUGAAGAGACACUGGAAAGCCAAGGAUGAGAAUGGAGGGCUCAAGAGCAUCUUUGGCUUGGAAUAGGGACUAAGUAUCAAAUUAUGGGGGUGGGGGGAAGAGUUAGGAGGAGGAGGAGGAGUAUACGACACCUUAUGUUUGUUAUUUAAUUAAUAGCUGAAGUUACCAUGCAGUCCAGGAUAAAGCGAAUAUAUUUUAAGUUACAAUUUGCAGACAUAAAUAAUGCUGGUUAUGCCUGAAUAUCGUGAUAGGACAAGUGUGAGUUUCUGCCUUUGAGAGUAUGAAACAGGCUUCUUGUAUAUUCUGUGCUAAAUGAAACUGCACAUAGAUCAUCUGAUUUUGAGAGAGAGAGAGAGAGAAGAAUUUUAUCAGACAUUCAAGAUUCCACUCCAUCCUCUUCAGAUAUGUUCUUUGGCUUUGUUCUUUGCAAAUUCAACUGUAUUAUAUCCUGUAAUAUUCACUACAGGCUACUGCUGCGUUUGUCUUAUUGCUCAUUAUUUCACUGGUGAGUUUCAUUUAAAGUAUGUAUGCAAAAGAAGUUCAUAAUUAUUCAUAAUUUAUAUUUGUUGUGGCACAUUUUAUGCAUGGUGUAAUACACACUUAAGAAUCUGAGAUAUGUGCAGUCAGAGCAAUUGGACUCUCAGCACUGAUUUCUGUCUCCUAAUAUGAAAUAAUUUGUAACAAUUAUUGCCUGAUGGUAAAUUUUUUCAGUUGUCAUUGAAUGAGAAAGUUGAGUAACAGGCAUAGCAUUCAGUGCUACAGGAUCAGAUUUUGUUAAGAAGACAGUUUAAUUUAUCUUAUUUGCAUUGGCAAUCAUUGGUGCUGGGGUGAGGCACCUUCAUCCUUGCUGGACUUUGAAAAGAAAUAAAAAUUGAGGAA